GCUGGACCGACACACGUACAACAACAGCCCGUCGUCUCCGACCGCACCGGCCGCGCGGCGUAAAUUAAAGUCAAGAUGGCGACUGAGGGUCAGUUCGAGUACGAGUCGGUCCUGUGUGUCAAACCUGAAGUCAACGUUUACCGAAUCCCGCCGAGGACGUCUAACCGGGCCAUCAGGGCUGCUGAUUGGAAGCUGGACGCUCCGGACUGGACGGGACGCAUGCGUGUGACGGCGCGAGGCAAAGUGGCUUACGUGAAACUGGAGGACAAAAUCUCUGGGGAGCUGUUUGCUCAAGCGCCCGUCGAGGAGUACCCUGGCAUUGCUGUUGAAACGGUCAGUGACUCAAGUCGUUACUUCGUGCUUCGCAUCCAAGAUGACAACGGUCGAAGUGCGUUCAUUGGCGUCGGGUUUGCAGAUCGAGGAGACGCAUUUGACUUCAAUGUUGCUCUUCAGGACCAUUUUAAGUGGGUAAAACAGGAAAAUGAAUUCACCAAGCAGGCUCAGGCUCCAGACUCCACUCCUAAACUGGACCUGGGCUUCAAAGAAGGACAGACCAUUACUUUAAAUAUUGGGCAAUCGAAAAAAAAGGAGAGGUCUCGUCCACAAGGGUCAGGAGGCCUCGGUCUCCUUCCUCCUCCUCCGGGGGGCAAGCUCGCCCCACCUCCUUCAUCCAGGUCUACUAAUCAUAACACACAGCCAUCAGGAAGUGACUCAGGUUGUUUGUUCAACCUGGACUCCAGUAACUCCAACUCAGUGGCUCCGUCCAACCCUUCUGACCCGUGGAGGGACUUUGACUCCGUAUCCCAGUAGUGAGGACAUCAUUUCUUCUGCUUUCCUUCAUCGUUUUUUUUUCUGUAAAAUUGAAUCAAAAGCACUCUUUUGAAAAUUCAUUUUCAAAAAUCCUAUCUCUCUGCCAAGCAGGGUAACCCUCCGUUGGUUUUAUGUUCCUUCAGUCUUAAACUGACAUCCAGAUCUACUUUACCUCCUGGACUUAGUUUCCCGUUUGUGUUGCUAAUUCUGUUCCUAGACUCCACAUAAUGCAGAUAUCAGGGGAAGCAUAAUCAUGUCAUAAACGUAUAAUUAACAAGAAUUUAUGUACAGAGAAAAUUUAUUUGAAAUGUAUAUAUUGUGUCUGUAGUUUGUGAAUAUAAACCGUGGUGUCGUCGCCUUCAUGUACUGUAUCCUCUUCCUCCAGCAGCCAGACUGACAGCAGAGUUUGUCUUUGUAGUUGGUAAUUCAGAGAGCCUGCGUUCAGAGAUCCCCUCAUGUUUGAGAUUAUUGCGAGGGUUCGCCGCAGAAUUGACUUAACUUGAAAGCAUCUUGUCAGUCCGCAGCUGAUUUAAGGAGCGGAGGCGCUCUCUCCGCUCGGCUCUUGCGGCCGCGCAGCUGUUCGGCACAAACUCCAGCGGGCUGCGGGAGCCGAGCCUCCGCUGUAAAUCAGGACACAUUGAAGUAGGGGCGUUGGGUCAGAGAGGGUGUUAGGAAAGGAAAACGAGGCGAGAAGCACUUUUAUCUUCGCCUCGAGGGGAAACGAGCGACUUCUUCCGUGUUAUGUCAUUUCCACUCGGCGCAGCUGUGACCGGUGAGUCAUCCGGGUCAUGACCUCUCUUCCCUCAUUAAAUAGGCGUGUUUCUGCCCGCGCUGGGCGUUAAUCUGCUUCGUUCUGCGUUCAGCAGGUGAACAGGUAGAGUGCGUUGAGUUUAACUAUUUAUUUUUGGUAAGAAAACAAAACGAAACAGGGAGCCGAGCCAGUUUGUGUUUGCGGGAUUGUUUUGUGAUGUUAUGUACUAAAUUAUGAUGAGUUAACUUUUCAGCAGUGUCACAUGCACACGUGUCGUGUCUGAUGUGCACGCACACACACACCAAGUGUUCAAGUGUUUGUUGUUUAUCGUCCAAAUUAUAUGCAUUUGCCUCAAAUGUUACGUGUAAAAA